AUGACAACUAGACCCAUUCCGUAUWAAUCUGCCCCUACCCAGACCUUCCACAGCCCAUACCAGACCUUCCACAGCCCCUACCCAAGACCUUCACAAGCCCCUUACCAGCCCUUCCACAGCCCUAUCCCAGACCCUUCCACAGCCCCUACCCAGACCUUCCACAGCCCCCUACCAGACCUUCCACAGCCCAUACCCAGACCUUCCACAGCCCCUACCCAGCCCUUCCACAGCCCACCCAGACCUUCCACAGCCCCCUACCCAGACUUCCACAGCCCAUACCAGACUUCCACAGCCGCCUACCCAGACCUUCCACAGCCAUACCCAGCCCUUCCACAGCCCUACCCAGACCUUCCACAACCCUACCCAGACUUCCACAGCCCCUACCCAGCCCUUCCACAGCCCCUAACCCAGACCUUCCACAGCCCCUACCCAGACUCUUCCACAAGCCACCUACCCAGACCUUUCCACAGCCCCCUAACCCAGACCUUGCCCACAAGCCCGCUACCAAGACCUUCCACAGCCUACCUCAGACCUUCCCAGCCUACCCAGACUUCCACAACCUACCCAGACCUUCCACAACCCUACCCAGACCUUCACACCCAACUACCCAGCCUUCCACAGCCCCUACCCCAGACCUUCCACAGCCCUACCCAGACCUUCACCAGCCCUACCCAGACCUUCCACAGCCCCUACUCAAGCCGCUUCCACAGCCCCUACCCAGACCUUCCACAGCUCUACCACCCUUCCACAGCCCUACCUCAGACUUCACAGCCCACCCCAACUUCCACAGCCCCUACCCAGACCUUCCACAGACAAUACACCAGACCUUUCCACAGCCCCCUACCCAGACCUUCCACAGACCAUACACAGACCUUCCACAGCCCCUGA